UGACUGUAAAUACAGCGAUAUUUUGUGUUAUGUUUUAUAACAGCAAAUGAUUUACGAAAUAAAUUAAAACACAAUUAAUUUUAAUUAUAACUAAAUUAAUAGUUAAUUAAUUAGUAGUUAAAUAUAUCUAUACAUGUGUUGUGUUUGUGUCGGCGUUUCUGUGGCCACCCUAUAGUCGUUGAGAGACACGUGGACUGACUCACUGCCCGGUGCCCUGUGUUUAGUGUAGUUUAUUUUGUACACUAUUAGUUUUAUUAUUUUGGUUAAUUAGUGAACACCUCGUUAUAAUCAAUACAUUUGUGUAUUGAAUACGCUAUUCAUUUGAAUUGACAACUAGUUUACUAAUCAAUAAUGGGGGGUGUUUUCUCGUACUUCCGAUCGCUAUUGGGAUCAAAAGAGAUGCGAAUUUUGAUACUGGGUUUGGACGGCGCCGGAAAGACCACCAUUUUAUACAGACUACAAGUGGGCGAAGUGGUCACCACUAUUCCCACCAUUGGUUUCAACGUAGAACAGGUGACGUACAAGAACCUGAAGUUCCAGGUGUGGGAUUUGGGCGGCCAGACGUCGAUCCGGCCGUAUUGGCGCUGUUACUUCUCCAACACCGACGCCAUCAUCUAUGUGGUCGACAGUUGCGAUCGCGAGCGCAUCGGUAUCUCCAAACAGGAGCUCGUCUCUAUGCUAGAAGAGGAAGAGCUGAAACGAUCGAUACUCUUAGUGUUGGCCAAUAAGCAGGACAUGGAGUCGGCGAUGACGAUAGCGGAAGAGGAAGAGCUGAAACGAUCGAUACUCUUAGUGUUGGCCAAUAAGCAGGACAUGGAGUCGGCGAUGACGAUAGCGGAAGUGCAUCAGGCGUUGGGUUUGGAUGCGCUCAAGAGUAGGACGUUUCAAAUAUUCAAGACAUCGGCCAUCAAAGGCGAUGGUCUCGACGAAGCCAUGGAAUGGCUGUCCAACGCAUUGACUAAUAGUAAAUGAUUAUCAAUAGUAGAGAAAAAACACUUUACACACGAUAUGUUUGUAACGAAAUUGUAAUUUUUUAAUUCAUAUUAUAAUAAUUAUUAUGUCUAUACAUAUAUAAUAUACGCGACAAACAAAUAACUAAA